AUGUCCAGCCCGGACGGGGGCGGGCCCCGACUCCACUUCCCGGCGGGCAGCGCGGCGCGAGGGGCGGGACUUCAUUUCCCAGCAGGCUCCGGGCGGCGGGCGCCGCCGUGCCUUGUGUGGGAUGUAAGCGUGGAGCUGGGCCGCGAGGAGCCGGACCUGGUGCUCCUCUCCCUGGUGCUGGGCUUCGUGGAGCACUUCCUGGCCGUCAACCGGGUCAUCCCCACCAACGUGCCCGAGCUCACCUUCCAGCCCAGCCCCGCGCCCGACCCCCCCGGCGGCCUCACCUACUUCCCCGUGGCAGACCUGUCCAUCAUCGCCGCCCUCUACGCCCGCUUCACCGCCCAGAUCCGGGGCGCCGUCGACCUGUCCCUCUACCCUCGCGAGGGGGGCGUCUCCAGCCGGGAGCUGGUGAAGAAGGUCUCCGACGUCAUCUGGAACAGCCUCAGCCGCUCCUACUUCAAGGACCGGGCCCACAUCCAGUCGCUCUUCAGCUUCAUCACAGGCACUAAGCUGGACAGCUCCGGUGUGGCCUUUGCCGUGGUGGGGGCCUGUCAGGCCCUAGGGCUCCGGGACGUCCACCUGGCCCUGUCUGAGGACCACGCCUGGGUAGUGUUUGGGCCCAACGGGGAGCAGACAGCUGAGGUCACCUGGCAUGGCAAAGGCAACGAGGACCGCCGGGGCCAGACGGUCAACGCUGGUGUGGCUGAGCGGAGCUGGCUGUACCUGAAAGGAUCGUACAUGCGCUGUGACCGCAAGAUGGAGGUAGCCUUUAUGGUGUGUGCCAUCAACCCUUCCAUUGACCUGCACACUGACUCCCUGGAGCUGCUGCAGCUGCAGCAGAAGCUGCUCUGGCUUCUCUACGACCUGGGCCAUCUGGAAAGGUACCCCAUGGCGCUUGGCAAUCUGGCGGAUCUGGAAGAGCUGGAGCCCACCCCUGGCCGGCCAGACCCGCUCACCCUCUACCACAAGGGCAUUGCCUCAGCUAAGACCUACUACCGGGACGAGCACAUCUACCCCUAUAUGUACCUGGCUGGCUACCACUGUCGCAACCGCAACGUGCGCGAAGCCCUGCAGGCCUGGGCUGACACGGCCACUGUCAUCCAGGACUACAACUAUUGCCGGGAAGACGAGGAGAUUUACAAGGAGUUCUUUGAAGUGGCCAAUGACGUCAUCCCCAAUCUGCUGAAGGAAGCAGCCAGCCUGCUGGAGGCCGGCGAGGAGAGGCCCGGGGACCAGAGCCAGGGCACUCAGAGCCAGGGUUCUGCCCUCCAGGACCCCGAGUGCUUCGCCCACCUGCUGCGAUUCUACGAUGGCAUCUGCAAGUGGGAGGAGGGCAGCCCCACGCCUGUGCUGCACGUGGGCUGGGCCACCUUCCUGGUGCAGUCCCUAGGCCGCUUCGAGGGACAGGUGCGGCAGAAGGUGCGCAUUGUGAGCCGUGAGGCCGAGGCAGCUGAGGCGGAGGAGCCCUGGGGCGAGGAAGCCCGGGAAGGCCGGCGGCGGGGCCCACGGCGGGAGUCCAAGCCCGAGGAGCCCCCACUGCCCAAGAAGCCCGCGCUGGACAAGAGCCCUGGCACUUGCCAGGGUGUGGUGUCUGGGCCCCCCCGGAAGCCGCUGGGGACGGCCCCGGGCGCUGCCCGAGGCCCUGAAGGUGGCGGCCCUGCUCAGGUGCCAGCGCCUGCGGCAUCACCGCCACCAGAGGGGCCAGUGCUCACCUUCCAGAGCGAGAAGAUGAAGGGCAUGAAAGAGCUGCUGGUGGCCACCAAGAUCAACUCGAGUGCCAUCAAGCUGCAGCUCACCGCGCAGUCGCAGGUGCAGAUGAAGAAGCAGAAGGUGUCCACGCCCAGUGACUACACGCUGUCUUUUCUCAAGCGGCAGCGCAAGGGCCUCUGAACUCUUGGGGACUUCCUAGCAGCCUGUGGCCCAGGCCGCCCACCCCUCAGUUCAGAGCGAUGCUCCCGACUCCCCAGCUCUGAGCCCACCCCUGCCAGGAACCCAGGCUCCUUGCAGCCAGAAUGCAGACUACAUGCCCUGGCUCGGUACCAAGGGCCCUGCCCCAGCCUUAGAAUGUAGGUCCCAGGCUGGGCACGGUGGCUUG